GGCCCGGUCACCGCCCGUGCCCGCCAUGGAGGACGAGCAGGCCACGCUGGCCUGGAUGGACCGAGCCCUCGACGUGGCCCGCGAAGCGCUGGAGCACGGCGAGGUGCCCGUGGGCUGCCUGCUGGUCUGCGGCGGAGAGGAGCUGGGCCGGGGCCGCAACGAGGUGAACGAGACCAAGAACGCUACUCGACAUGCAGAAAUGGUGGCGAUUGAUCGAGUCCUUGAAUGGUGUGAACAAAACAACAAAGUUUAUCAGGAAGUGUUUCCGAAGAUAGUACUGUAUGUAACUGUAGAGCCUUGUAUCAUGUGUGCGUCUGCCGUGCGCCUGAUGAAAAUUCCACGGGUAAUAUACGGCUGUAAAAACGAGCGGUUUGGAGGCUGUGGCUCCGUCGUGAACAUUGCUUCUGGUGACCUGGUAGACACAGGAGAACCAUUUGAAUGCUUUUCUGGCUAUCGUGCCAAAGAAGCUGUGGAAUUGYUACAGGCUUUCUACAGACAAGAAAAUCCCAAUGCUCCAAAAUCAAAAGUACGGAAGAAGAAAAAACGUAGUUCAUCUGGCACUGAUGGAAUACAGAAACCUGCAGAAUAGCAAUAUGGAAAGAUUUCUUCA